AUGGCAGAGAGGCCGGAAGAUCUGAACCUCCCCAACGCGGUGAUCACGCGCAUCAUCAAGGAGGCACUCCCAGAUGGGGUGAAUGUGUCAAAAGAAGCACGAAGAGCAAUUUCCCAAGCUGCCAGUGUUUUUGUGUUGUAUGCAACAUCAUGUGCAAACAACUUUGCUAUAAAAGCAAAGCGGAAAACUUUGAAUGCAGGUGACGUCUUGGCUGCAAUGGAGGAAAUGGAGUUUGAACGCUUUAUGGAGCCUCUUCGAGAAGCUUUGGAAGUGUACAAAAAGGACCAAAAGGGAAAGAAAGAAGUGUCUGAACAAAAGCGCAAAGAUAAAGAAAAGAAGACAGACUGUGAAAUUGAAAGGAUCCGGGAGGAGGAAGAGGAGGAGGAGCGCAUGGAAGAAGAACCAGAAGCAGAAAACGAAGUUGAAGAAGAGGAGGUGGAAAACUAA